CUCAUAUUUGAGUGUACUGAAGGAAUAAAGAUGCAGUGGAUCAUCAUCAUCACCAUUAUAGCUGUGACUUCAGCAGCCCAGCUACCGUCACGGAACUAUCUGCCUCAAAACCAGGGGUCUAAUACCCAAGGUGGAUUCCAGCAAUCGUUUCAGCAAAGUCAGUCUUUCCAGAGCUCCCAAUCCUCUGGGAUUCUAGGAGGUGGUGGCUCAGGAGACAAUGGUAACAGGAGGCCACAACAACAGGCUGAGAAAAACGCUGCUAUUGUAAAACAGGAUCAAGAAGCUAAUGAGAAUGGAGAUUUCCACUACAGCUACGAGACUUCCAACGGCAUCAGGGCUGAGGAGGCUGGUAACACUGUCCAAUCUUCUGGCGGAUUCUCCUACAAGGGCGAUGAUGGCAAUACCUAUACUGUAACAUUCACCGCUGGAGAAGGCGGCUUCAGACCUCAGGGAGCCCAUCUGCCGGUCCCACCUCCUACUCCUCAAGAAAUCCUGGUAGCUCUGGACAAAAAUGCCAAGGAUGAAGCGGCUGGAAUAUUUGACGAUGGUCAAUAUCGCCCUGAUGCUAGCGGAGGUGCCAGUGGAAGUCAGGGUCAUAAAGGAUCAUCAUCAGGAUCAUUUUCGUCGUCGGGGCAAUUCAGUUCAUCUUCAGGACAUUUCGGUUCAUCAUCUGGACAGUUCAGUUCAUCAUCAUCAUCGUCACAGUUUGGGUCAGCCAACCAUCAAGGAAGUUUCAACCCUAACAGCGGAUAUAGUUACUAAUACUGGUGACAAUGAUUAGUGUUUUGAUGAUUUCUGUAUGUGAUGUCAAAUAUCGCUUAAUAUUCAUAAGCUUGUAAAUAGGACUACUCAAAUGGUAUCGAUGUGUCU